UUUUUUUACCAGAGCAAGAACAGGUCAGGGGCGUGUAAGACUUCCUCUUUGUGAUGUCACUGCUCUGGAGGACUCCACCUCUCUACCUGAUCUGGGGUACAAAGGAUACUGUCAGGUAGUGGAUCCACAUUGCUGGCUCUGAGGCUUUGACACAUGCAGCUCCAUAACCAGCAAUUGCUGAGCACACUACGGGUCCUCACAGAGACUGGGAGCAGCUGCAACCAUGUCUGCCGGCCUGGAGCUCAUAGGCAUCGUGUUGGGUGUGCUGGGAUGUAUGCUGGCCAUCAUCGCGUGCGCUCUGCCCAUGUGGAGGGUGACGGCUUUCAUCGGCUACAACAUCGUGACAGCACAGAUCAUGUGGGAGGGUUUGUGGAUGAGCUGUGUGGUGCAGAGCACGGGGCAGAUGCAGUGUAAGAUCUACGACUCCAUGCUGGCGCUCAGCACAGACCUGCAGGCUGCCCGGGCUCUCACCGUCAUCUCCAUUCUGCUGAUUGUUGUAGCCGUGCUGGUGUUCAUCGUCGGAGCGCAGUGCACCAACUGUAUCGAGGACGAGACGGCCAAGGCCAAGGUGGUCAUCCUGGCCGGGGUUCUCUUUGUUGCUGCCAGCCUCAUGCAGCUCAUUCCUGUGUGCUGGAAUGCCAACACCAUCAUCAGGGAUUUCUAUAACCCACUGCUGUCUGAUUCCCAGCGGAGGGAGCUGGGGGCUGCACUCUACAUCGGCUUGGCUGCGGCUGCUCUCCUGUUGCUGGGCGGCUCACUGCUCUGCUGUUCAUGUCCCCCUCGGGAGAAGAAAUACAGCCCCUCCCAGAUGUCUUACCAAGCCCCCCGCUCCACGGUCGCUGCUGCAUACGACCGGAGGGAUUACGUAUGAGUUGAA